AUGGAAAGCUGUAAUCCGGCCUCGACGCCAAUGGAACCAGGAACAAAGUUGUCGAAAUUUGAUGGAGGAGAACGUGUCGAAGCAGGAAAAUAUCGAAGUUUGGUAGGAAGUCUUCGCUAUCUCACAUGUACAAGAUCAGAUAUCUCAUUAAGUGUAGGCAUUGUAAGUCGAUUCAUGGAGGAGCCAGUUUACACACAUUGGAAAGCAUUGAAGCGAAUUCUGAGGUACAUCCAAGGAACAGUGUCACUUGGGAUGUUCUACUCGAAUUCAGACAAAUACAAGUUGGUUGGUUACUCUGACAGUGAUUGGUGCGGAGACAUAGACGAUCGAAAAAGCACUUCUGGAUAUGUGUUCUUCAUGGGAAAUACUGCAUUCACUUGGCUUUCUAAAAAGCAGCCAAUAGUAACACUUUCGACAUGUGAAGCAGAAUAUGUAGCAGCAUCCUGGUGCGUUUGUCAUGCAAUAUGGCUCAGAAGAUUGAUGAGUAAAAUGGAGCUAUAA